AUGGCAAUGUUGACCAACUUUGUGUUGCUGGAAAAGUUUGAAGGAUACGCCAUUUUAAGAAUUGCAAGACCACAUAGAAAAAAUGCAAUGGUACCAAAGAUGUAUGGAGAUAUUUCUAGACAUCUUCGAGAAGUUUCAGAUGAUGAAAAUAUAAAAGUCGUAGUUUUGACCGGCACUGGAGAAUACUUUACUAGUGGUGCAGAUUUAAGUGACAGUGACCAACGUAAAAAGGGGCAGAACAAAAAGCAGCAGGCCAAUCAUUUUAGGGAUUGCAUUGAAACACUCAUAAAAUACCCAAAGCCUAUCAUAGUUGCAGUCAAUGGACCUGCUAUUGGAAUCGGGGUUACUUUACUUGGUUUAUGUGAUGUGGUGUACGCAACUGAUGAUGCUACAUUCUUAACACCAUUUAGUCGUAAUGGGAUGACUCCUGAGGCUUGUUCAAGUUAUACCUUUCCCAAGAUCAUGGGAUAUGCUAAGGCAAAUGAAAUGUUGCUGUUCAAUCGCAUGUUCUCAGCGCAUGAAGCUUAUAUAGCAGGUCUUGUUACUGAAGUAUUUCCGAAAGAAGUUUUUAUAGCCGAAGUUCAGAAACGUGUUGAGGAGUUAAUUGAUAAUCCGAUAAAGAGCUUGGUUUAUGGAAAGCAAUUGAUACGUGGCCCUGAGAUUCCACUUCUGCUUAAAGUAAAUGACCAGGAACUUGAGCGGCUGGAUGAAAGACACCAAUCUGGGGAUAUGACCCUUCAAAGAGAAAAGUUUUUUGAGGCAAGAAAAAAAAUCAAAGAAGCAAGAAAGGCAAAACUUUAA